UAUUGACGUUGGCCGCCCGUGCGCAACGUGUUCUUUUCCAUUGUUUUCAUUUUCGGGGGGCUAUAGUUUUGUUUAUUUUCCAUUCCGCGCUCGCAUCGUGUGAAAGUGCAGCUUGGCUGGCUCGGAUUUUUUUAACCGUCUCUAAUAGUUGUAAUUUGCACUAAUUACGGCCGCAAUGAACGAUUUCGGGCCGUUCGCCAAGUCGCAUGGUCCCAAGUUGGUGCCAUUUCUGGUGACCCUCGUCCUGUACUUCUCGCUGGUGAGGAGGGAUCCUCAAGGAGAGCUAUGGACCACCGUGCUCAAAUGCCUGCCCAUUUUCGCCCUAGUAUUCUAUGUGGUGGCUAAGGGAAUCUCGCUCAAGAAGGAAUACCGUCGCUCACUUUGGAUUCUUUUGGGUCUGGUUUUCUCGAGCGGUGGUGAUGCUCUGCUCAACAUAAAUCUCUUUCCCUUCGGAAUGAUCUCCUUUGGAGUGGCGCACGUGUUUUAUAUCAGCGCCUUUGGCUGGAAGCCCGUAAAGUGGUUCAUUGGACUGGUCUUGUACGUGGCCGUAUCAUUUUUUGUUUACUUCGUGCACACGAAACUGGACGAGAUUCUCAUCAUCGGAGUGCCCAUCUACUGUUUCCUGAUCACCACAAUGCUAUGGAGAUCGCUGGCCCGCGCCGUGGACUCCAGGAACUUCCUCGCCGUGUUCUGUGCCAUCGGAGCCAUUCUGUUUGUGAUCUCCGACGCCCUGAUCGCGGUCACCAUGUUCGUGGGCGUGCCCCUGCCCUGCGCCCGCCUCCAGAUCAUGAUCACCUACUACGCCGCCCAGUUCGCCAUCGCGCUGAGCACCGCGGACGACGGUCCUGCCCUCCAACGCUCCUUUCGCAAGAAAAUUAAGUGAAGCCAGUGCCCAGUGCUCAUCUGUUGGAGACCCGGAGACAACACCAAACGCAACCACCAAACUUAGUACUUCCAAAGCGUCUAAAGUAUUGCCAUUUACGUGUGCUGGUUUCCCCAUCCCAGUAGCUUAGUGCAACCAAAUAUUUGUUCCUUUUCUGGUGGAUGUGGAAACGGAUCUUAGUAGUUUACUAGAUGUUUGUUGACUUCAAAGUAAUAAAUAUAUUAAUAAUA